GCCGCCAUAUUGCCUCCGCCUGAACGCGCUGGCUGAUCGGCUCGUACACACAGCUGAAAAUUGUUGCAGAGAUGACUCAAACAGUUCAGACCAACGGGGUCCAGCCCCUCAGUAAGACCUGGGAGCUGAGUCUCUACGAGCUCCAGAGAACCCCACAGGAGGCUAUCACAGAUGGGCUGGAGAUAGCCGUGUCGCCCCGGUCCCUACACAGCGAACUCAUGUGUCCUAUCUGUCUGGACAUGUUGAAGAACACAAUGACAACCAAAGAAUGUCUCCACCGCUUCUGUGCUGAUUGUAUCAUCACAGCUUUAAGAUCUGGUAAUAAAGAGUGUCCUACCUGUCGUAAGAAACUGGUGUCCAAGAGGUCGCUGCGUCCAGACCCUAACUUUGAUGCUCUGAUCAGCAAGAUUUAUCCCAGCCGUGACGAGUACGAAGCCCACCAAGAGAGAGUGUUGGCUCGCAUCAGCAAACACAAUAACCAGCAGGCCCUGUCCCACAGCAUAGAGGAGGGGCUGAAGAUACAGGCUAUGACCAGACUGCAGCGCGGGAAGAGACACACAGUGGAGAACGGUAGCGGAGCUGAAGACAACGGAGACUCCUCCCACUGUAGCAACGCUUCUGUUCACAGCAACCAGGAGGCGGGUCCCAGCAUUAAGCGCACCAAGACGAGUGAUGACAGCGGGCUGGACAUGGACAACGCUGCUGAGAACGGGGGCGGGGACUCUGUGAUCGAUGGAGGAGCGAGUGAAAUAGAGCUGGUGUUCAGGCCACACCCCACCCUGAUGGAGAAGGACGACGGUCACAACAGUGUGGAGUUCGUGCCUCGCUACAUCAAGACGUCCGGUAACGCCACGGUGGAUCACCUGUCCAAGUACCUGGCGGUCAGACUGGCUCUGGAGGAGCUGAGAAGAAACGCUGAGGCCAGUCCUGUUAAUGUGGAGGCAGCUUCAGAGAAACAGUACACCAUCUACAUACCUACUGCUGGAAACCAGUUCACUGUUCUGAACGGCUCCUUCUCCCUCGAGCUGGUCAGCGAAAAGUACUGGAAGGUGAACAAACCCAUGGAGCUCUACUUCGCUCCCACUAAAGAACACAAGUAGACACACAUAACACACACACACACACACACACACACACACACACACACACACACACACACACACACACACAGCAGUAGGAAGUGAACAUAUGGACUCGGCUACACUUGCACACACAGAAACAAGAUGAGAGGAAUGUGUGUGUCUGAAGGAGAUGAGGCGGUUGGUGAAACCCUCAAAAGGACUCUUGUAAAAAGAAAAAAAACUUUGUUUUAUAUUCUCUGUAUCUUUCUGUGUCUCUUUCUAUCUUUCUCUCUGUAGAAGGUAGCAGAUCAGUACAGCAGCCAGCAGGUACAUUGAAGCGUUAACAGUAUUUGUAGAACACCUGGUUCACAGUGUGAAAAAAACAUUGUAUUAUACUGUAUUUGUCCCCUUUAUGCCAUGUGAUUUGGGUCUGUUCAGGACUAAAGAGGACUGUGAGUACCGUGGUGAACCCUGGUCCCAGAUCUCACUGUGACUAAUAUCCCAGGUGGCUGGUUUUGGAGUCACCUGUGUCUAAAUUCUACCAGUUUGUGAGCUUUAGGAGCAUAUUGUCAGAACAGGACUAUGGGAAUAUGAAACACAACACACUAGCAUCUCUCUGUAUGUUUGUAUGUCAGUUAGUUUACUCUCUAACAAAGUCAUUUCAGGUUUUGCAAUAUAAAAACUUAAUUGUUCCAGGCUCCACUGAUGAGCCUGAAAGUUAAACAUUUUAAUUCCAAGUCCAAUCUAAGCAGCAUAAUGUUCUGAAACCCUCAAAUGUUUGAGUUGUGCAAGUUCAGACAGAAGGUGAUGGGUUUUGUUUCAGUUUUUCAAAUUCAAAUGAUUAUGGCCUUGUUUUCCUCUUCCGUAGACGAUCCUUUAAAGUGAUUAGUCAGACAGAGAUUUAACUCAUGACAUGCUGUUAGUGUAUAGGGGCCUUUGAGAACGCAGCUUUUGAACCGUACGGUGAAUCCACUACGUUAAAUGUGCGUUCCCACUUGAUCGUUUUGCAGAGCAA